UCCCCGUCUCUGUCCUCAGGUAUCGUGUUCCACUACCGAGCCAUCAUGGGUCGCUACAGUCUGACGUUUGAAAAAGCGACGGCGGCGUGCACACAGAACAGUGCAGUCGUGGCUUCACCUGAACAGCUCCAAGCUGCGUUCGAUGGCGGUUUCCACCAAUGUGACGCCGGCUGGCUCUCUGAUCACACAGUGAGGUACCCGAUCCAUGACCCUCGUGUGCAGUGUUACGGGGACAAAGAGGAGCUGCCGGGGGUCAGGACGUACGGAGUGAGAGACCUGAACGAGACCUUUGACGUGUACUGUUUCUCAGAGAAGAUGACAGGCAGAGUGUUCUACACGGCCGCCGCAGAAAAGUUCAGCUUCUCUGAGGCUGUGGCGGCGUGCUCCAAUCAGGGAGCUCAGCUGGCCACCACAGGUCAGCUCUACCUGGCCUGGCAGGGGGGGAUGGACGUGUGUAACGCCGGCUGGCUGCGGGACCGGAGCGUCCGCUAUCCCAUCAACAUCCGGCGGCCGCAGUGUGGAGGAGGUCUGCUGGGAGUGAGAACCGUUUACCUCCACGCCAACCAGACAGGGUUCCCCCCUCCUGAAGCUCGCUACGACUGCUUCUGCUACACAGAGUCUCCUGAAGAUGAAGGUUCAGGCCUCAUAGAGGAGGGCAGUGGCGUUCUGAGUGUUACCACGGUGACGCAGGGCCCUGAGGUGUUCUUCAGGAGGACGACCACAGAGAGUGAAGCUGUAGGAGAGCUGGAGACUCAGCGACCCACCGUGGUGGAUUUCACGGAAAGUCCCACCGAGCUGCCGCUGCUUCAGCCGCCCAACGUCACCGAGCUCAUCACCGACCUGAUAGUUUCCGUCACCGCCCGGCCCGACGUAGGCAGAGAACCCAGCAAAGGCUUUGUGAUGCCUCCUACUGGCGUGGUUUUCCAUUACCGCUCAGGUUCCGGUCGCUACCUGUUCACCUUCGUUGAAGCUCAACUGGCCUGUCAGAGCGUCGGAGCUUCCAUCGCCACAGCAGAGCAGCUGCAGGCAGCAUAUGAGGCUGGAUAUCACCAGUGUGAUGCAGGAUGGGUACUGGACCAGACUGUAAGGUAUCCCGUUGUUUUCCCUCGAGAUAAGUGCGCUGGAGAUCUUGGGGAUAAACCUGGAGUUCGGUCGUACGGUCUGAGGCCUGGAGACGAGAGAUAUGAUGUGUACUGCUACGCUGACGGGCUCAAAGGUGAGUUGUUCCAUGUGGGAUCUGCUGAGGGCUUCACCUUUGAUGAAGCUUCUUCCAGCUGUCGAGAGCAAAACGCCAUGUUGGCCUCCCCUGGAGAGCUCUACGCAGCCUGGAGAAUGGGUUUCGACAAGUGCCGUGCUGGAUGGCUGCUUGAUGUGAGCGUCCGUUAUCCCAUCAACAACCCCCGAGCCGAGUGUGGAGCAGGGAAGUCUGGAGUUCACACCGUGUACGCUCCCCCCAACCAGACACGUUUCCCUGGACGCAACGCCAGAUUUGAUGCUUACUGCUUCAGAGCUGAUGUUCUACUUAUUGCAAAUGAAACUGGACUGAACAUCACAGAUAUCCAGGAGGCGCUCCUGAACCUGACCAUCACUGAUUUGUUGAGGCCUGCUGUUCCCUCCAUCAAACCUCCAAUCCCUGUGGAGUCAUCAGGCUCUGGCUCGGGUUCCGCAGACGUCGACUCAGGGUCUGCAGUCAGUGGUGACUCUGGGGGUCACUCAGGAGAUCUCUCUGGUUCUGGAGAACAGAUUACAUCAGGAGAUCUCUCUGGUUCUGGAGAACAGAUUACCUCAGGAGACUUAUCUGGUUCU